AACCCGACCUCCCAAACGAGAGCUGUUCAUCUUCCAGUCUGACCUUCAAGGUUACCCACUAUACAAUCCAUUUUUAGAUAUCGACGAUCGUCCCCAUCGGAUCCACCCUGGUGUCACACUAGCAGCUCCAUCGCGAAUCUCCACUCUCUCCUUUUUUCCCAGCAUGUCAAUAGCCUCAACCCCCGAGCAUUGUCAAAUCCACAAUAAUAAAUACAGUACGUAGUCAGUCCACCACCCCCCUUCCAGAAGCCCCGUAGAGGCCGGUGUCGAACACAAGCCAACCAACAACCUCUGGCGCACACCCACACUAUACACCACAUCUCAAAAAUGCCCAUCCCCAACUACGGCGUCUGGGUCGGCCACCCGCACCGCUUCCACGCGCAAACCGCCUACCAAGACCACACGACCCCGCACAUCAACCUCUUCCUGCGCGAUGGCAGCAACCCGGACGACGAAGACGACGACCGCGAACCCAACCACAACCGCAACCGCAGCGACGAAGUCCAAGUAGCGAUCAACGUGAAAUCCACGCAGCACGACACGCGCCUGGUCUUCUGGUUCAUCCGCGACUUCGCGCACCACCCGCUGGUUCACGAGCUCGCCGGGCUGGACAUGGGCUUCCACCGCAUCCGCUCGCACCCGGACAACGCCGACGCCGACGACGAGCGCGAGCUCCCCUACCGCCACCAGCAGCACCACCCCACCCUCGUCGGCCUGGACUACCUGCGCACGACCCCGAAGCUCGUGCACAUCGAGGCCGGGCGGCUCCUGCCGCACGACAUCCCGGGCAGUGAUAACGAUAUGCUGGACGAGCUGGAGCCCAUCCUCAAGGAUGCGAUCCACCGGCGCGCGACGGCGUAUGUGUUUGGGAGCUCGUUCGGAACGGGCAUCCACGACGUGCAUAUGAACCAGGGCAGUCGGAAGGCGUACGAGGACGCUGUCUUCAAGGAUGGCGGGUUGGUGUUUCGGUUCCCGGACGGGCGCUGGGAGGCGGUGUUCCUCGCGUUUGCGUCGCAGGCGGUGCCUACGGAUUAUCGCGGGCGGGCGGUGGUUGGGGGUGAGGGGCGCGACUUGGGGGAGGUUUUGGGUUGAUUGUUGUCUGGGAAAGUACCUAGCAGGGUAUGAAGCUUGAGUGAUUGCAUUGUGAUUAAGUUACAUAGAGAUAGAACUUGGGACGGUAUAUAGUGUGACUGGUAGCCAUCGGAGUCAGUUGCUCAAGAAUCCCUUGCCAAAUACCUUGUACCCCUCUCCCUUGACGAACGUCUGUUGCCACGGUUGUUGAUCAGGGUUCUCGGCCAGCUCUGCAAAUAUCUGCGCGUGUGCCUCGCCAUCGAUGUGCGGUGAAGAUGACCCAUCCGCUUUUCGCUGGUCAACAUAGUAGAACCUUGACUCUGGUUAGCGACGAGGCCCACGAUACCAGGGUUCACAUUUAGGACGAAACCCCCCCCCCCCCCCCAACAAAC